AUGCAUCCUACACACCAACAAAAUUCUUCUUCACAUCAUCCAGCAGUAAUCCUGAAGCAGAAGCUAAAUUCUCCAAUGGGUAAGUUGUCUCAAAAACCAUUUCUUCAUUCUAACCAAAACUUUCCUCCAAAUUGGAAUCAUCCACCAUCCAGUCGGUACAUGAAACUAUCAUCUGGAAAAUAUGCACGUUUUGCCAAUGGAACUGGAGUCUGCACUAUGGGCGAUACCUCUGUAAUGGUUACAGCUGUUGCCAAACCAAAACAAACUCCAGGGGCUUCCUUUAUGCCUCUGGUUGUUGAUUACCGUCUAAAAAGUGCCGCUUCCGGUCGUAUUCCAACUAAUUUCAUGCGUCGUGAAGGUGGUCCUUCUGAGAAGGAAAUUCUCAGUGCACGACUCAUUGACAGAUCUGUCCGCACAUUAUUUCCCGCCGAAUUCAAAACUGAAACCCAAUUGGUUUGCAAUAUGCUUGCCAUGGAUGCAGUCUAUUCACCUGAUAUUCUAGCCAUAAAUGCUGCUUCCAUGGCUUUGAGUUUGAGUGACAUUCCAUGGAAUGGACCAAUUGGUGCUGUGAGACUAGGUCUUUAUGAUGGUGAAAUCAUUGUCAAUCCAACAAGAAGAGAACUUCAGACUUCCCAACUCGAUUUAGUGGUCACUGCGGCCAAACAUAAUCUAGUUGUCAUGCUCGAGGGUAAAGGCAAUGUUGUUUUAAUGCAGGAUUUGUUGAAAGCUAUUAAACAAGGAACAAGAGAAGCACAGUUCAUUAUCACAGAAAUCGAGAAACUACAAAGAAUAUUCGGUAGAGAGAAGCGUGUCGUGGAUAGUCCUCUAGAGAUCGAUCAGGAGGUCUAUGAAGCUGUGAACAGUCUCGCAGAGAUGCGUUUGCGAGAGGUUUUCCGUGAUGGGAAGCAUGACAAACUCUCUCGUGACCAUGCGGUGAAUGAUAUUCGAAGUGAUGUAGUGGAUAGAGUCUGGUCAAGCUAUCCAAGCCUUGAACCAUCAAUUAUUUCAGAUAUAUUCAAUAAAACCUGCAGAUCCAUCUUUCGGGAGCUGAUUUUCGAGGAAAACCAGCGCUGUGAUGGGAGGAACUAUGAUGAACUGAGGGAUAUUAGUUGUCAGGUGGAUUUGUAUAAGCCGCUGCAUGGUUCAGCUUUGUUCCAACGAGGACAGACUCAAGUUUUCUGCACAGUCUCUUUGGAUUCUCAAGAGAGUGCAUUGAAGCUGGAUACUGUAUCUGCUUUGGAAACAGGAUUGAAGGCCAAGAACUUUAUGCUCCACUAUGAGUUUCCUCCCUAUGCGACUGGUGAAGUUGGACGAAUGGGUCCGGCUGGACGUCGUGAACUUGGUCAUGGUGCUUUGGCCGAACGAGGACUUCUUCCAACACUGCCAAGUGAUUUCCCAUUCACUGUUCGUCUAACCUCAGAAGUUCUCGAAUCGAAUGGUUCCAGUUCUAUGGCAACUGUUUGUGGUGGUUCACUUGCCCUCAUGGAUGCUGGAGUACCAGUUCUGGCACCAGCAGCUGGAGUUGCAAUUGGAUUAGUGACAAAAUGUGAAAACAACGACACAAAGCAUCUCCAAGACUACAAAAUCCUGACUGAUAUACUUGGAAUUGAGGACUACAUGGGUGAUAUGGAUAUGAAAGUAGCUGGUACUCGACGUGGAUUUACAGCGAUUCAAGCUGAUUUGAAAAUUCCUGGAAUUCCUUUGAAAGUUGUCAUGGAAUCAUUGCAAAAAGCCACAGAUGCCAAAGCCACAAUUCUGGAUAUCAUGAGUCAAACUAUUCGUGAGCAUAGAAAACAGAAGAAAGAUUGCUGGCCAGUAACAGAAAAAAUGACCGUUGAACCUCAUAUGAGAAUUCGUCUAAUAGGUCCUAGUGGCAUAAAUCUAAAACGUAUCUACCUCGAAACUGGGACUCAGAUUACAGCAGAAGAUGAAACAACAUUUUCCCUGUUUUCUCCUUCCCAAGAAGCCAUGGAUGAGGCAAAAGAAAUUAUUGAUGGCCUUAUGACAAAGGAACGAAUUCCAGAUUUGGAAUUUGGUGGAAUUUACACAGCUACCAUAACAGAGUUGAGGGAUACUGGAGUUAUGGUAACUUUGUAUCCUUCUAUGCCACCAGCACUUUUGCAUAAUUCACAACUUGAUCAGAGAAAGGUUGCUCAUCCAUCAGCUUUAAAUCUUGAAGUUGGCCAAGAAAUUCAAGUUAAAUACUUUGGACGAGAUCCUGUAUCAGGAUUUAUGAGACUGUCACGCAAAGUCUUGCAAGGACCUGCGACGGCUAUGGUCAAAAGUUUUAAUACAGCGCAGGCAGAAGAAUAAUAAUAAUCAAUCGCGAUUUGUUGACUUGGUCGUCAUUUUGUUUUGUACAUAUAUAAAUGUAAUUUCAUCGUUUUAAUGAAUUGUUAAGUUAAAUUUAAAAU